AUGAAAAGAACACUUCGUAGUUCGUUAAGAAGUAGCAACAAACAAUUAAAAAAACAAUCAGAUACAACGAUACCUCCACCACAAUCUCCACCACAAACUCCAGAAACUGAAAAUAGAAAUUUUUUUGAUACGUCAACAGCAGAUACGACCUUAAAUUCUGAAACUGAUACGGUAACAGAAGAAUAUAAUGAGUACGAUGCAGAGAAAACCAAUGAAACAAAUAAACGAGCUAAAUACAUUGAAAAGAAUUUAGCGAGAGAUAAAUCAUUAUCAAUUUCUUUGGAUACUGAAAGGAAAUGCUUUAGUUUAACAGUAAAAUCGAAUGUACAUCAAAUUAAAAUUUUACCAAAAUUAAAGUCAAAGUUGGUUCGAUUAAUUAUAACUCAUCAAGGUAGAUCAAUAAAACCUCAUACGAACUACAAUCCUUAUUUAAUACAUUUAAAAAAUGGGUUAAACCAUAUUGAGAUUUUGAUGAAAGAAUUAGAAACAAGCGCUGAUGAUCAAGAUUUUGGAACCUUUAAUGGAGAUUGGAGAUUUGAAGAUAAGUAUUCCCUUUUUAUCACGAAAUUUUGA